ACCUAACUCGUCUCCAGCAACCAAAACAGAAUAAACUCCUACAAAAGACCAAAUCGAACACGUGUAAACGUCUUCGACAGUUCGACUCUUCAAAGUCCAACGAGAGAGAGAGAGAGAGAGAGAGAGAGAUCUGAGGGAUUUCAUGGCCACAUCGAAGCUUCAAGCCCUGUGGAAUCACCCAGCAGGCCCUAAAACCAUUCACUUUUGGGCACCGACUUUUAAGUGGGGCAUCAGCAUUGCCAACCUUGCCGACUCCUCCAAACCACCAGAAAAAGUUUCUUAUCCUCAGCAAGUUGCCGUCACGGCUACUGGACUCAUCUGGUCACGAUACAGCAUGGUGAUCAAUCCGAAAAAUUGGAAUCUUUUCAGUGUAAACGUUGCAAUGGCUGCAACAGGCAUCUACCAACUUUCAAGGAAAAUUCAGCAUGAUUACUAUUCCGAGGGAGAAGCUGUUGUUGCCAAGGAAUGAUGACGAAAAAACUCUCAAGGACUCGAAUAGUGUUUUGGUUAUAUGGCCAUUUUGUGGCGUUGCCUCUCCAAAAAUCAAGUUCUUGGUUGUAUGUUUUAGUGCUUACCCUGUGCUUAUUGGGUUUUUAUUGUUGUGUUCGAAUUUGUGAUUGUUCCACUUACUCUUUGUAUGCUAUUUGUGCCUAAAGAUUGGCUCGAAAGUAUUUAUGGUCUCUAAGACUGCGCUUUGCCUCA